AUGGCCACGGUGACAGUUCUUGAGCCUGCUGCGCAUCGACAUCUUGAGCAGGCGGAGAGUUCAACCUCAAGAGCACCAUCAGCCCAGCGAGCAGCCAGUACUUCUUAUCAUCACCCGAUAUCUUUUGAAGCGACUUCUCGACAUGUCUCCACUGCUGUCUCUUCGAAUAUUGAAACGCCUCUACCUGAUUACUCAACGGACAAUGAUCCGUUCGGCCUCUCAACCAAGCUAAAGCCAGAAAGUGAGAUAGAGCUCCUACGUGCCAGCACCUCCCGGAAACGAGAUGGUUUGGGGCCGAUAACUUUCAACAAAGGCGCGUACAAGGCGAAGAAGCUUCAAGAUUUCUACGAAAGCCAGAACGAUAACAUCGCACGGUGGCUGAAGCCGGUGGACGAGCAUGUCCGGUCUGCAAAAGAAUUUGAUGGCGCCAACAACCUCAGGUUCCAGAUUGCUGUCAAGGGUUCCUUCGCCGCCAACAUAAUACUUGCCAUCUUGCAGGUUUACGGCGCUGUCUCUUCUGGCGGGUCACUUUCCUUAUUCACCACCAUGGCGGAUGCCAUCUUCGAUCCCUUGUCAAAUAUCAUGUUGAUCAUUUCACAUCACGCAAUCAAGCACGUCGAUCCACGUCGUUUUCCAUCUGGCAAAGGCCGUGUAGAGACUGUUGGCAACAUAGUGUUUUGUAUGAUGAUGACAUGCGUCUCCUUUAUCAUUAUUGUUCUGUCAAUCAUGGAAUUGAGAGAGGGCCAAGACAAAAUCACAAAGACCUUUAACAUCCCGUCAAUCAUCGCGGUAGGAAUCGCCGCCGUAGCAAAAUUCGGUCUUUUUGCAUAUUGCUGGGCCUUGCGGAACAUGUACAGUCAGAUCAGAAUAUUGUGGGAAGACCACCGUAAUGACCUUUUCAUCAAUGGUUUUGGCUUGCUUACUUCUGUUGGCGGCUCGAAGUUAGCAUGGUAUAUUGAUCCUAUAGGAGCUACCGCUCUUUCUAUUUUGAUCUCAGUGCUGUGGAUUCAUACCGCUUAUAGAGAGUUCCUGCUCUUGAUUGGGGUGACAGCAGACACGCAGAUGCAGCAAUGGAUUACUUACAUUUCUAUGACGCACUCGCCGCUGAUACAUCAGAUCGAUACGGUCAGAGCUUACCACUCUGGUCCAAGGCUUCUAGUGGAAGUCGACAUCGUUAUGGACAGGAGAGAGACGUUGGAAGUCUGCCACGACACCGCAGAAGAGCUUCAGAUGAAGCUCGAGUCGCUGCCUGAUGUGGAACGGGCCUAUGUUCACAUCGAUUUUGAGACUAGCCACAAGCCGGAACACUUUUUGAAGAAAGAAUUGUGA